AUUUAACCACUUGAAUCUCUAUGCUUAUAGCUUUGUGUUGGCGUGUUUGAACAACCUGAUAUGAUUGAAACAUCUUCAUCUUGAUGACUGAUUUUUUGGUGCUAUUGCAUGACAAAAGGUGACAAAAUGGAUAAUUCAUGACUCAAUGACGCAUUUUGUUGUCUGGGUUUGCUGUUGAUUGGGGCAUUUGUUUGAAGAUGAAUUCUGUAGUCUGUCUUCCCGCUCAGAGAAUGCCCUUUUGUCUCUCUUUAAGCUUACUCAAUUGGAUUUUCAGUACCAAAUCCAACAGAUGUACUACGGGGAGGCAAAGAAUGGCGGAUGAGUUAGAGUGAUAACUGUAUUUCACCCCUAUGGCAUUGUGCGCUCAAGCGCAGAACUCAAUUGUUUAAGCAUCAGAAGAAGUGUGCACGGCACAAAGUCUUAUCCAUUGCUGAAUAAGGAAUCAAAAUUAAAAGAGGGGUCAGAAAAGAUGAUUUAUGGUUCUGGAUACGAACUCAUUAGGAGAAGAUGACACUCGUAGUUUUCUCUUUUUCCUUCCCAAAAUUUAUAUUGCAGUCCUUGGAGUAACUUUUUAAUAUGGAGUGCCACAUGGUUGUUACUGCAAGGUGGUGUGUUGACAAACAAGUAGCAUGGUGUUCUUGGAAGCCAAGAGACUUAAAUACCCAGAGAUUUCAAUGUGUUAUGGCUACCCGGAAUAUAAGAAUGGCUCUUCAAAGGUUAAAUCAUUGGGAUAGACCCCCUAUUGGAAAUCGAUAUCUGCAAUAUAUGCCCUUGAGAACAUUUUCCUUGCUUGCUAGUUUGGAGGAAGAAUUUUUAUCAUCACAGCCCAAAGAUUAUUCUAGCGAUGAUGAAUGUGCUCUUGAGGAUUCACAUGAGGAGCUUCUUGAUCAGCCAUUAAAGAGUGAUGAGUUGAAGUCACUGCUGGCUAAUUCUGAACGAUCAAAGCUUCUUAGGAAACUUGGUGAAGCCAAUCAGCAGAAUCGGUUUCUUAAACGACAGUUAUAUGCAAGGGAAGAUGCUCUGGUCAAUUUCAAGAGUGAGCUUUUUGUCAUAGAGCUUGAAAUACAGGCUUUAGUUAAUCUGGCUGAAGAAAUAACCAAAACAGGCAUUCCAGAAGGUUCAAGGAAAAUUAACGGAAAAUACAUUCAGUCUCACCUUCUUUCCAGAUUGGAAGUUGUGCAUAAAAAAUUAAACGAUCAGAUUAAGGAUGUUGGUGCUGCUCAGUUGAAAGAGGUGCCCUUAUUCUGGUGCGGAAUGGCUGAGACAUUACACACAGAUUUUGGUGGUGAAUAUUUGUCUGCUGAGUUUAAGGCAUUUUUGGCUUCUAAAGGUAUUAUUCAUCAACGUUCAUGUCCCGCUACUCCCCAACAAAAUGGAGUAGCCGAACGCAAAAAUCGUCAUCUCUUAGAUGUGAGUGUGCAAGUAAUGGGCAGCUUUGAUGGCUGGAGUCAAGGAGAGCAUUUGUCGCCGGAGUAUACUGGUUCCUACUCAAAGUUCUCAACAACACUAAUGCUUAGACCUGGACGAUAUGAGAUAAAGUUCUUGGUGGAUGGUGAAUGGCAAUUAUCACCUGAGUUCCCUACCACAGGGGAGGGGGUUAUGGAAAAUAACUUCUUGAUCGUGGAAUAACUCCGGCUCUGUAGUUCUGGUGUCUGACAUGCUAAGCAAUUCAGAAUCCUGCUCUAUCCGAAGGGACCUUGUGCAAGCACGAGCACAUUUAUGUUUCUUCCAUCUUGUUCAUUGUUGCAUCUGAUGUUAUCAUUGAAGUAGCUCCGCAGUUCUUUUGUUUGGUUUUGGUUUUGGUUUUGGUUUUGCUUUUGUUUUUUUGUCCCUAUAAGUUUAUUUCAAUAACCAUCUCAAAUUCUAACCAAAUUUCUCUAGACUAAUAAAUCUAUUUUAUUUGUAUGCAA